AUACCCAGGCUAACCAAACGCCGUACGACAUAAACGCAAGGUCGCAAAACUCCAGAGAAGCCAGUGCACUGUGAGGAAAAUUGCCACACAAUGAAACCGCUGAGAGAGACACCUGAGGCUGCAGCUGAGCGCCGUGAGAAGGAUCGACAGCGGAAGAGACUGAAGAAGACAUUGGAGUCACCUCAGGUUGCAGCUGAGCGCCGUGAGUACGAUCGCAAGCGACAGAGACAAAAGAGGUCAUUGGAGCCACCUCACGUUAAAGCUGAGCGCCGUGAGAUUGAUCGCCAUAGAAAGAGACUGAGGCAGUCAUUGGAGCCACCUCACGUUACAGGUUUUCCAUGGAACAGGGAACCAGACGUCAAGCCAGACAUGGCCAUCACAAAUCCCUGA